AUGAAUAUGAAGAACAUGAAAGUUCCGAAUGUUCCACGUGGUGGCGCGGCCUCUGCGCUGCUGAAGCUUGGGAUUAUUGGUGGAAUUGGUUUGUAUGCAGCUUCUAAUAGUCUCUACAAUGUUGAAGGAGGACACCGAGCUAUUGUCUUCAACCGUCUAGUUGGUAUCAAAGACAAGGUCUAUCCCGAAGGGACUCACUUUGUAAUUCCCUGGUUUGAGAGGCCGGUCAUCUAUGAUGUCCGUACUCGACCCCAUCUAGUUGAGAGUACAUCUGGGAGUCGUGAUCUACAGAUGGUGAAAAUUGGGCUUCGAGUUCUUACUCGCCCUUUGCCUGACCAAUUACCUACUAUUUAUCGGACCCUUGGACAGAAUUAUAAUGAAAGGGUUUUACCUUCAAUCGUACACGAAACUCUGAAAGCUGUGGUUGCCCAGUACAAUGCCAGCCAGCUGAUUACUCAACGAGAGGUUGUUAGUCGGGAGAUCCGGAAGAUUCUGACUGAGAGGGCAGCUAACUUCCAUAUUUUCCUUGAUGAUGUGUCCAUUACUAGUUUAACUUUUGGCAAGGAGUUUACUGCUGCAAUUGAAGCUAAGCAGGUGGCUGCACAAGAAGCCGAGAGAGCUAAAUUUGUUGUGGAAAAAGCUGAGCAAGACAAGAAAAGUGCUGUAAUUAGAGCUCAGGGUGAAGCAAAAAGUGCCCAACUGAUUGGACAAGCUAUUGCCAAGAAUCCAGCAUUUAUCACAUUGAGGAAGAUAGAAGCAGCUAGAGAGAUUGCGCAUACCAUAUCAAACGCGGCAAACAGAGUUUACCUGAAUUCAGAUGAUCUGUUGUUGAAUCUUCAGAAGAUGAAUUUGGAGACAAGCAAAAAAUGA